CAUCCCACCAUGUGCGUCCAGUAAAAAAGUGUUCCCACAGAAAUUUAAAGUGUGGGUCUUCUUAAAUAUUUAGCUGCCUUUCCCUGUAAUCUCCUUGGCUAGAAGAAAAGAAGAGGAUGGGAAAACACAAGAAGAUCAAGUCGGUCGAUCCGUUUUACUUUGGGAACCGAAAACAGCCUCUAAACAGAAAUAAGAAAGUAGUAAACCAGGCCCCGAGGAACACGGAUGAUCAGGAGGUACCGCGGAAGCUGAGAGAACUGAUGCAGUGGAAACAGCAGGGAGGGAAGGUGGGCAAGGCAAAAAAGAGAACAGGACAGCAAGAAAUGACAGAACAACAGAAGGGGAAACCAAAGAACACAGAGGCAUCAAAAGCGGGUUUUCCCGUACAGCGCGUAGGUCCUGACCAACCGGAGGACGGCAGACCAGUGGAGGAGGUACCGGACUUCACGCGGAAGCCGUGGGAAUCGGAGAAGCGGUUUGUGGAGCGGAUGCACAUGGCCACGCAGGUGGCGUACGAGAAAGCCAAGUGGAUGCCCGACAUCAACCCACUGGAGGAGGAGGAGAAGAAGAAGAAACAGAAGGCAAAAACUAAACAUCAUGUGAAUAAGAAGAGGGAGAAGUUGAAAGCUAAGAGAAAAGAAAGAGCAGCAGAAGAGGAGGAACAGAGGAGGCUGACUGACCAUGUACAGUUUGGGGAGGUUGUGUCACAACCACCAGAACUCACAGCAAAACCCAGGAAGGCCACUACAAAUAACAAGCCUGGCAAAAAGACGCUCCUUCUUAACAGCCUCUUGAGUUCCAAAAGUAAGACAACAACAUCAACAUCUAAACAGAGCAAGAAGAGAAAAGAGAGAUCAGCAGCAGAACAGAGGAUGUUGGAGGCUGAAAGAGAAAGAGUGGUCCAGGCGUACAGGACUGCCAAGAAGGCUAAACUUAGUGGCUUGGCACCACCUCCAGUAAAAAAGAUAAUAAUUGGAGACAUAUGAGUCAAUGUAAAUACCAUAACUAUAUAUAUACAGAAUAGUUUCAGCUAAACUUUUAAAAACUUACAUUUGAUUGUUUCUUUGUUGCUGCUUUUAAUGUAUAGAUUCAAUAAAAUAUACCAUUGGAAAGCCUGUUUAUUAUCCUUUACAAUUAUAUAGAAUUUGUUAUGAUAAUACA